AUGAACCGGCUUCCACUAUUCCUUCUCAUCAUACUCUUGUUUUCGGUAGGUUUUUUUUUCUGCUGUAUUUUGAUGAUUUGCUACAUAGGCAACGUCGGAAGGACCCUCCGAGGGUCCAUAAAGGACCAUAGAAAUGUUCCUUUUAGGGUGAAGAAGGCUCUCUUUUUGCUGCCUUUUUGCACCAUUUUCUCAGCCCUUAUGCACCAUUUUUGCUGCCUCUCUGUUUCUCCACCAUUUCUCGAGCCUUUAAAAUCCCAGAAAAAUGGAAGGCUCGAUAAAGGGAGUCUCUUUACUGCCUUUCGCUGCCUUUUUGCUGCCGUUCGCUGCCUUUUUGCUGCCUGUCUGCGGCCUUUUUUGAGCCUCUCCCUUUUAGCAGCCAUUAUACACCAUUCCGACUUUGCCCGAGAUGGUACUAAUAAUUUUCGCUGGACAUGUGACCGUUAUAAUUUGAUAACGAAAGCCCUUUGAGAACAGGAUUUUCGAGCUUCAAGCAACAAUUUCUCUUACAAAGAAGACCAUUCAACUUCAAUAGGUUCAAAAAUUUGUAUGUCUCAAUUAGUAAAACUUUUAAUUUUUCGAGCUCCAGAAAAGCUACUCAUAAAAAUUGGAUUUUGUUAAUGGAAAAUCUCAGAAGUUACAUGCUAGAGUUUCUGACAGGGAACUGUAUUUUUACUUUUUGGUCCGCAAUCUCCUGAAAUCCAGCCAGGAUAACGCAAUAGAGGGUCUGAAAAUUGUACCCUUUUUGUUUUUUUUUUUUUCGAGAGAUGAUACCUUUAACAAAGUAAUCAAAAUCAUCUGAAAUAGGCCAUUUUGGCUACGAGUCCUCGUUUCUCGAACACUAGAAAUUUAUGCUGGUGGAAACUAACAGGAUCACUUUAUUUGAUACAUCAAAGAGUAUUCUGGUCUUUUUUUUCAAAACUUUCAACUCUAAUAUCAAAUUAUCCGUGAGCGAAUUGAAUAAAAACAAUUAUUUCAAGCAUAGCAUAAAAUGACAGUCACUUUUAGGAAGAGUAAGAAUUAAUAAUUCGUCUCUCUUGAACUUCAAUCAAUCCUGAAAUAGGCAGUUUUAAAACGAAGUCGCCGUACACGAAUUGUUUGUUCCGUGUUCGCGACCUACUGAGACUGAAGGGCCGAUCGGCCUGAAAGAAAAAAUAACAAAUACUAUAUAACGAGAGGUUUCUGGAGAGAUGCGAUAGAAAAUAAUGAUUCCACUGGCCUUUCAGAAUCGCAUUCAUGAAGUUUUUCAGACAGAAACUAUCGGGGCAGCAUCGAAGUUUGACAACGAAGUGUUUGGAGUGCCACAGAUAACCUGUGAGAAAGACGAAAUAGUCGUGGAAGUCGAGACGAAGCGGCCGUUCAACGGGAGGAUCUUCGUCAAAGGCGACUACGCCAAUUCCAAAUGCGUCCGCAACUAUUCACAUGGGCGGCAUGUUGAGGAGCUCGUCAAAUGUUCGUUUGGAAAAGUAUAUAUCUGGGUUCAUGGACACCUUUCAGCCUUUUUAUGUAUAAACUUUCCGUAAAUUAUUCCAGGAGAGUGUGCAGAUAAUCUGUGAAAAGGUUAAUUAGGUCUUUCAUUUUUCAGCGGAUGAGCCGAAUAGCGAUUCGCAGGUCGCAAGCGAACGACGCGACUCGCGGCUGUUCCAAGCCGGCGAACCGGAGAACGUUGAGGACACGGGAUCAAGAAAAGAAAAGGACGAAGGCGACUUUGUCGAUUCCGUUGGACAGCGAUGGAAAGGCUUUGGAGGCGUUACCACCAAAGGUCGUGGCGUCUUCAGCGGUUCUAGAGGUACUCGUCAUUCCCCACUAGUUAGGCUUUUCUUUUUUUUUUUAGAAGAACCAUCAAAGUUGGAGAUAAACACUCUACGAAUUUUUGACAAAGGAUCUUCUAAAUCGUUGGUGCAUCAUUUUCUAAACUUACCACCAAGGGAUUUUACAGAGAUUCUCAAAACGGAGAGUCCUCCAGCAGCUGCAGCAAGACCUGCGAGCCAUGCGUCUGCGGAGACGUCCGAGAGACCCGACGCCGUCGCCAAGUAAAUCGAAUCGCCCUCCAAGUUCCGCUCAACUCUUGCAACUCCAAAAGGGAUCGAACUGUAUGCUCUCAAAAACUCCUUUGCCACCUUCCCUUCAAGUUUCUUCUUCAAGCCGCUUGGCAUCGUGCCAAGUCUUCGAAAGCAAUCUGGUUUCCAUAAUUGGUCUCCGAAAACCUUUCUUUCUGAAUAAUUUCCAUCUCGAGUUCCUCUUUUCUUCAGUGUAGACGAGAAGCAACAAAGGAAAAUUGGUGACGUUGUUUUGAUAUUUUUUCUAGAAAUACACAACUGGAUUUUUCGAGGUCAGACCAAAAAUUUCUCGAGGUAAAAAAUAUUGAAAAUUUCUUUAAUAUACAUCCGUGAAAUCGCUGAAAAUGUGUCUUCAAGAAUAUGGGGUGCUAUCGAGUUUUGAAAAGAAGUGAUUUAUUCAAAGAAGUAAAUACUCCAAAAAGUGAGAAAAAAAAACAUUUUUCGUUCAAGUAACGUACGUAAGGAAGCCCAAAAAUGUAAGCGGAUCACUUUUUCUAUUAAUUUGGCAUACGCUCAAAUAGAAAAGCUGAUGAGCCGAAAAAUUCUUUUCCUUGAGGAUUCUCUUUUUAUUCAAAAUAUGACUGAUGUAUGAAUAGUUUUUAUUGUAUUGUGGGUGGAAACGGCCCGAAAAUAAGCAAAUUUUGAUUUCAGCUGAAUCCGCCAUCACUGGUCGUUUCUUUCGUGGCGGUGGUCUCGUUCCACGACUCCUUCAUCACCAAACUCGACAAGGCUUACCACAUUCAGUGUGCAUACACCGAGACGGACAAACUCGUAGCAACGGAACUAAACGUCAGGUUUGGCUGGACUUUUUCGAUAAGUUAGAAGGUCAAAAAAUUCUGCGCAGAAAAUGAAUUUAAUGAACCUCAGGAAAUAUUUCAAAAAAGCCGACCUAAAAUUUUUCCGAGGCUGAAGUUUUUUUUUCCGUAAGCCAGAAAUUUUUAUAGCUUAAUUCGGAUCUUACCCUAUGAUAGGCUAUGAGAAAAACUUGCAGUAUGUCGCCGGAAGUUGACGUCACUGGAACUGUGAGUCCUCCGAGCUGCAACUACAUGAUAUCGGGAGAGGACGGAGCGGCGGUCCACAACACCUUGGUUGGACAACUCGUUCGCCACCGCUGGGACUGCGCCGACGGCUUCGGCAUGUUCCGGAUGCUCGUCCACGACUGCUUCGUCGAGGACGGCACUGGCCAGGCUUACCAGGUUAUCGACGCCAAUGGGUCAGUUUCACGAAACAGGUUUGCCGGAGAAGAAAUGUUUUCAGCUGCACUUCCGACAAGCACAUGCUCCAAACGCCUAUCUAUAACAAGGAUGGUCUCAUUGCGACGGUCGACGCCUACAUUUUCAAGUUCCCUGACAGGUAGGGCUGGAGCUACGGAACGGAAUGACUGAUCCAUGCUCUAUAGGACAAACGUCGACUUUCGGUGUUCCAUAACGUUCUGCUCGGUUGAAGACGGAGAAUGCGAAGAAUUUUCGGUGAGAUCUCUUCAUGAAUCCUAAUUGUUUGCGUCAUCCAGCCUCCACGUUGCGACGGCGAGAGUAUCUCGAGGCGGCAAAAGAGGUCGACCCGAAAGAUGCCCUCCUUGAGUCUUCAUUCCAAUGAACUCACCGUGCUCGAUGUUGAUGUGAAAAGUAAUGAAGGUGAGAGCAGAGUUUUCAGUUUUGGUGCCAAAAGUUCCAGCUCAAUAUAAAUAGACCUUUUUUUUUGUAAAAAUCGAAACAACGAUCGAAAACGUUUACUUGCUCAACCAUACUCUGAAAAAGACAGUGCUCUUCAACCUGCAUCAUUGAACUGGAUUCUGCAGAACUGCCACAGCGAUGGACUCUGCUACCGGCCGAAGACUCUUCGUUCUGCCUGUCGGUCGGCGGAUUCGGCGUCCUUGUCUCGGCGUCGACGUUCCUCUCCACAAUUUCCGCUAUCGUCGUUUUCGCCUACGUCUACAUGCGGCACUCUGAGAACUCCAGCACUUGCUGA